CGACACAUGGCGGGAAGUCCCUUGACCGUGAAUUGAGACAGGGGUGCUUUCAUCAACAAAGGAAAAUAUGGCAGCUUCAGUAAGCAAGAGUAGACGCAGCUACAGGUACACCUGUGUAGCUGCAGAAAAAGUCGACAUGUCCUCGCAAGAGAAACCGGAACCCAAAGAGGAAAAGUCCGGACCGUCCACCGCCGGAAAAAUCGUCAAGACACUGUUCCUGGUCUCAGUCUGGAUAUGUCUGGGUCUGUACCUGGAGAUUACCGGCCCAACCCAGAAGGACCUGAAGCUCCGGGCUCACCUGGAUUACGAGGAGGUGUCCCGGGCAAUGUCGGGCCGCAGCAUCGGCUUCUUCAUUGGGGCCGCGAUCGGGGGUUUCCUGGUGGACAAGCUGGACCCCUACUGUGACCUGAUGGUGGCGGUGUGUCUCGACCUGGGCGCCACAGCGACCAUUGUAGCGCCGCAUGCGCAAGAGAUUGCUCUGCUGUGGUUCCUUUUUGUGAUGCAAGGAACAUUUGAAGGAAUCAUCAACAUUGCUGGCCAGAAGCUUGUUUUAGAAAUCUGGCAGGAGAAGGCCUCCUCUCCGUUGUUCCUUUUACAUUUUGGAUUUGGUAUCGGUUCCUUUAUCGUUCCACAGAUAGCUAAUCCCUUCUUGGCUAUCCCAAAGCCGACCGCAGCGGCAAACUUCACCUAUAAUAUAACCACUCUCCACCCCAUUUCCACCACCGCCGCCCCGGUGACGGAGUACAUCCGGGAAUCUCGGAUAGAGUGGGCCUACCUGAUCGUGGCAUUAAUCACCAUGAGCCUGUCUCUGGUCUUCUACUUCUACCAGUUCUGUGGUAAAGGGAUGAGGAACACCCAGGUCGGAAAAACGCAAAAAGAUAAGGACGAAGACCACACGAACAUUCGCCGAAUCAUAGACCCUGCAACAUGCGCCGGCGGCAAGCGAUUGUUUGGAAUCCAAGUUCUUGGCCUCCUGUUCCUGUUCUUUUUUGUCACUACUGGAGGUGAGCGGGUGUACGGUAAAUUUAUCCGCAGUUUCGCCAUUGAUUAUUACAACAUUGACGGCGACAGGGCGUCGCUCCUAAACAGCUCGUUCUGGAUAAGUUUCGCUAUCGGACGAUUUGCUGGGUUCGUUGCCGCCAAGUGGAUUCCUAUUCGCAUCAUUCUGCUGAUAGAGACCACAGGGGCCAUGACGUCAGCCAUUUUGUUGAACAUCUUCGCAGACGACAGCACCUUGGCGCUGUGGAUCCUCACUCAGCCAAUGGCUUUCUUUAUCGCCCCUUGCUUCCCGUCGGGCGUCGGCUGGGGCGACUUCCACAUUCACCUGUCUGGUCUGGGAAUCACCUUUCUCCUGCUAGGGGGCGCUCUGGGCGGCGUGUGUUACAUGUGGAUCAUUGGGUACUUUUACGAGGCGUACGGGCCCCUGUCUUUCUUCUACGUCAUGCUCUCCUACGGCAUUCCUCUGUGUACAUUGGCUUUCAUUAUGCAUUUCUCCACUUGGGGGAAGGGCCACCGUUUUAAAGACGAGGAAAAGAAAGAGGAAGUUGUAGAAGUGAGUGGUAUACAACUGAAGUUUUACAGCAAGUCGGACCAAGAAAAGUCGAUGUAACAAUGGUUAAAACCCCCAGCAUUUACAAUAGUACAGAACUGUGAUAGUUUGAGUGUUAGAUGACUUGGUAGUUUGAGUUAGACUGUAGAAUGGUAGUGACCACUUACUGCUAGGUUAACACGUGCACCACGUGGAUAUACUCUAUAAUAUUGUAAUCAGCACCGGCGUAAUUAACCUUAUUUCAAUGUAUUUGAGUUUAUAUCUAUGAAAUAUAUUAUCUAGAAAAAGAAAUGCGUAGUAUGUUACAGUUGCAAAACUCUUUAUUUUUUUAACCGUAUAUAAUUUACGCCAACUCUAGUUUAUUUGCAAAUUUUCAAGAAAUCGGCCAUCUGGUUCUUUUCAAUGACCAUCUCAAAAUACAGGUACAUAUAUAAAGAAUAUUUUGGAAAUUAUCAUUUUCCGCGAUUCGAAGCAGAUAAGAAAAAUACUACAAAAGCUUUUUUUCUGAUUAUUUUCUACCUUAUAAAUAAAAAAAAUUCUACCGUCUGGUUUUAGCGUGGGCCAUCUCAAAAUAUCAAAAUGCGGCAUACAUGUAUUUUGCUAUAUAUUUAGAGUAUUACAAAUGUAGAUUGGUAUAAAGGAUUCCUUAAAUAUUAAGAAAAAUAUCCUCAAGGAUAGCAAUAUUCUGUGUAAAGAUUUUCAAUGGCGUACGAUUUUUAGUUUUUGUUUCUUUUUUUUAUUUCGAGAGAAUUGUUUAUCUUUUUUAGUUUUCUUAUUAAUAACGUGUUUUAAAAACAGA